AGUAUUGAAAGUCGGACAAUGUAUUUUAGACUUUUAGACAUUUCUCGUAUUUUUAAAAUUAUUUUUACGUUCUUUUCAAAAGCGUUUAUUCAUAGGAAAGACAGCUGGAUUCAAGUGCUGUUGAUUUCAUGAGCUUUGUGGGAGCAAUGCUAUCAAAACAUGCUGUGUGUGUUUGUUCAAAUGUUUAUAACGGCAAGUGAAAAUGAGUGCUGAAAUUAUUCAACUGAAUGUUGGCGGAAAAAGAUUUUCUACAUCAACUCAAACAUUGAUAUGGGUGCAAGACUCGUUUUUCUCCAGUUUAUUAAGUGGAAGAAUUGAAUCAAUAAAGGAUGAAACUGGCGCAAUUUUUAUUGAUAGAGAUCCUGAUGCUUUUGUGCCAAUCUUGAAUUUUUUGAGGACAAAAGAACUUGACUUGAGGGGCUUAGAUUUGAAAACUGUAAAACAUGAAGCAGAAUUCUAUGGAAUCACACCACUUGUGAAACGUUUGACAUUAUGUGAAGAUAUCAAUGCAUCAAAGUGUGGUAAUGUGUUUUUCCAUGGAUAUAUUGAUAUCCCAGCAAUGCCGUCAAUUCCUGGGGACAUGUAUUGUAAGAUGAUUCUCAAUAAAGACAGGCUAGAUACUUCUUCCUUGCCAGCAGAAGAUGAAGAAAGAAAUUGUGUCAAGCUCAGAGAAGUUAAAACAGUUGCAGAUUUGAAAAGAGUCAUGUUAAUCACUGGACAUCAUAAUUGGCUUGCAGUUGCCUAUCCAAGAUGUGUGUGUUGUUUUCAGUUAAAUGAUCAUAAAGGAUUAAGAGAGCAAGUUUUUACAAGUCCUUUUCUUGAGGAAACAGUAGAACACCUCACAUUAAAUACCAGAGUUGUUGGAACUUGGGGGGAUAAGUUGGUUGCUGCUUCAUCAGGGAGCAAAUUUCAAUUAUGGAAUAUUGUGCAAGGAACAUCCAUUGGAAAAUUUGAUCUGGGUGUGCAGAUAGAUGCUCUGUUUUUUGUUAGUAGUCAAGUUGUUGCAAUCAGUUUCACAGGGAAGGUUGGGAUUUGGAAUUCGCGUAUGCCAAGGCUAUGGCAGGUUCAAGAGGUGUUUCCUAUAACAAGUUAUGAUACUGGUGGGACAUUGUUGUUGCUGGGUUGUCAUAAUGGAUCAAUUUAUUAUAUAGAUAUGGAAAAAUUUCCUUUGAGGAUGAAAGACAAUGAUUUGCUUGUAACAGAACUGUAUCGAGAUCCUGCUGGCGAUAGAGUCACCGCGCUUAGUGUAUAUCUCACGCCCAAGUCAUGUAUCAGUGGGGGUAACUGGAUUGAGAUUGCUUAUGGUACUGAGUCAGGUGUGGUGCGAAUCAUUGUGCAGCAUCCAGAAACUGUUUAUGCUGCUGGCCACGGACCACAACUAUUUCAAACGUUUACUGUUCAUCGUUCACCGGUGAUUAAAGUCAUGUUAAGUGAAAAACACCUUAUAUCAGUUUGUUCGGACUAUAACCACGUGCGGACAUGGAAUGUGACGAGAUUUCGUGGAAUGUUAUCUACACAACCAGGAUCUGCACCUUUGGCAUCGUUUAAAGUUGUGUCGUUAGAGCGGUCCGAACCGCAGCCCAAUUCUGCAUCAGGAAAUUUACUAGGACCAUAUGGCGAACGCGAUGACCAACAAAUAUUUGUUCAAAAAGUUGUUCCAGACUCGGAUCAUUUAUUCAUUCGUCUUGUGUCCACAGGACGACGAGUUUGCACAAUAAAAUCUGUCGACGGUAGCGCGAUUAUUUCAUAUUGCGUCAACGAAUGUGAUGGGUCGAGUGGAAUGGGUUCUAGACCACGUAGAUACCUGUUUACUGGACAUGCGAACGGCUCUGUUCAGAUGUGGGAUCUUUCGUCAGCGUUACAACAAGCCAACAAACUUAAUGACAACAUAGGUGGGCCAACUCAAGAUGAAUUACUUCAAGUAUUAGAUAACUGUGAGCUCAGCAACUCACGCUGUACAACCCCAAGUGUUUCGCCGGCGGUAUCGUUGUAUAACACCGCUGGCAGCUACCGUUCACGACGUGCAGGUCCGGCACUCUACGAUAGCCAUUUGGAGAGUAGUAUUGAAGAAGAACGUGACGUAGAAAUUGUAAAUGAUGAACACGAUGAUUUAGAUGAAGCGACGGGUGGUGAGAGAGGUGAUACAUUAGUUAAUAGACCAACGUAUUAUGUUUCACAAUGUUGACCAUUCUAGGGAUUUUGGUAAUUUUUCCACUCUUCUCCUUCAACGAGUGUGUGUGUAAGGCACUUGUAUUAAUGCGGUAUUUAUGAGUACAUUCGUUAUGUAAAUUUAUGCAUCAAUUGUUUUGUAAUCAUAUAAUUUACUAUAAAGGUGUAGUACGUCAUGUUAUCAUUUGUAUUCACUAAACAUCAUUAUGAUCACUAAUAAUUGGACAAGAAAUUGGUCGACAGAUCCAAUCAAUAAACCAUAAAUACUAA